CACUCCAUCGCUCUCCUCCCAACAAACCACCAAAUCCGCCAUUGCAGCUACCUCCAGAGCAGAGCAGAGCAAGCUCGAUUUGACAAUACAUCAAUCCCAAAUGGAUCAUAACCACCACUACGAAGAUGACGGCGGAGGGUACGCGACGGUGACGUCGGCGCCGCCGAAGCGGCCGGCGGGGCGGACAAAGUUCAGGGAGACGCGGCACCCGGUGUACCGCGGCGUGCGGCGGCGCGGCGCGGCCGGGCGGUGGGUGUGCGAGGUCAGGGAGCCCAACAAGAAGUCCCGCAUCUGGCUCGGCACGUUCGCGUCCGCCGAGGCCGCCGCGCGCGCCCACGACGUCGCCGCCCUGGCGCUCCGUGGCCGCGCCGCGUGCCUCAACUUCGCCGACUCGGCCGCGCUGCUGGCCGUCGACCCGGCCACGCUCCGGACGCCCGAGGACAUCCGCGCCGCCGCCAUCCGCCUCGCCGAGGCCACGUGCCCUUCCGCCGCCGCGGAGGCGGCGGCGUCGAUGUCGGUGGCGCAGUCGUCUUCUUCCCCGGCGCCGGCGAUGAUGAUGCACCAGGAGGAAGAGGAGGCUGCGGCGCAGUACGAUGAGUACGCCGCCAUGUGUGACUUGCAGGACCAGCAUUCGUACUUCUAUGGCGACAUUGGCGGAGACUGGCAGCAGCAGAGCUCGCAUUUUGACGGGGACGACGACGGCAGCAGUGGCGGCGGCUGCUACGGCUAUGGCGCCGGCGACGUCACGCUCUGGAGCUACUGACCAUGGGUCCAGCUUAGCAAGUUUUUGAGCGUACGGAGUACAGUACUGUAAAACGUGGUUCUAGGAGGAAGAAGACGCAGCAGCAGCAGAGUUUGGUAGGCUUGAUUAAUUUGGAGAGCGGGAAUAAAAGACCGGUUUUUCUUUAACAUCGGAUUUUAGUAGCGGUGAAAACAAAACAGAGAAAAGGGCGUGCAAAAUGCAGGCCCCGUUCCUCUUUUCUUUUUGGUGGGGCCUGGGGAUAAGGGACCGGCUCCUUUUUUUUCUUUUUCUAUAUAUUGAAACUCUGGCUAAAGUUCGAAUAUUUUGUUAGCUCAACUUGGCCUGCUUAGUUUUAGUUUGUUUUGUCAGCUAGACCGACAGGUGCAAACCAGAGAUGUAUUACUAGUAAGAUAUUUACAUAUCUAGCAUGCACUCCUCUUUUGUUUCAUUUGUAAAUUAUAUGUACAAUUUUUUCUCGGGAUUC